AUGCUGCAGAUGCAGUGGCAGAGCGCUCUGCCAACAACUGUGCCUUGGGCGCCGUGUAGCGUGGCUACUCUGCACCCCAGCACUCGCAGCUGGCUGGGCGGAAAGCCAAAGGUGCUGGACCCCCCAGACGGUUGCAGAGCUCUGACGAUUGCCGCCUGCUGGGGUGCUGCUCGCGCUGCACGUGCGCAUGCUGUGGCACGGCUUGCUGGGCGUGCGGCACAGAGUCCGUUUGAGAUCCGCGAUGUGCCCGGGAAGGGCCUUGGUGCCGUGGCGGUGCGCGACCUUGCGGAGGGUGAGCUGGUGAUUGAAGAGCGGCCGCCGAUCACGUUUGUGGAUGCACCAAACUGGGAGGAGAAGAUACAGAAGCAGUUUGAGACUUUGCCCAAGAAGACGCAAGAGGCUUUGAUGAGCCUUCACGAUACGGAGGAACCGAAGACGCUCACAGGCAUUUUCAACACCAACAGUAUUGGCUGCUAUAGCGAGUCUUUGGACGGUAGUCUUUGCGUGCUGGUCAGCCGCUUCAACCACUCCUGCGUACCAAACUGUGAGCAGUUCUGGGAUGACGAGAUGUUCCGUCAGAAGUUGUUUGCCUGCAAGGACAUCAAGAAAGGUGAAGAGCUUUGCUUCUCUUACUUGGAGCCCUUCCUGCCCUACACUCAGCGAGAAGAGAUCUUUCGCCGCCGCUAUGCAUUUCAGUGCCAUUGCCCGGCAUGCCAAGAGCAGUCGCACGAUGCCAGUGACCAGCGCCGACGGCGUCUCGGAGAGUUGGUGCGGCAGUUAAAUCGAGGUGUUAGCCCUGAUGCUGAUGCUGGGACUUCUUUGGCCAAGGAGCUCCUCCAGCUAUGCGAUGAAGAAGGCCUUGCACUUCAAGGCUUCCGUGCGCAGGCCUCCUAUCACGCCUUCCAGUGCUUGUUGUUGGCACGUCGGCCGGCGGAAGAGGCCUUACCAUGGAUUCACCUGGCGCGAAGUCAACUGCAGAAGAGCCGUGGGGCUGAUCACCCAGAUGUGCGAGUGCUGAGAGGCUACGAAGAGCAGCCUUUGAGUCAUCCGGCUGCGACCGACGAACAGAUUGAUUGGUCAUCCAUCGUGCCUGCCGCGGUGCUCCUGACUGGUGCAGCAUGUUUCUUUUUAAAGGGCCAAGGCUGA